GCGCUAGUUUCAUUUUACAUCUGCAUAUCAACAAUUAUAUCAUCUUCUAAACCACAUUUGCCUCAUUUAACAGUGCGGUAAUCAACCACAAUCUAGCUCUUGUAAUAUAAACAAGGAAGACUAGAAUGCAGAUGAGUUUUUAACAACUUGAGCUAAUUAAGUUUUACAUGAUUCAGUUAUGCAAUGGCGGUGUUCUUGUUUUGCGUGUUUCUGCUGGGAAUAACCGGGUUAGAUGAGAUCCAGGCAAAAAUUUUCACGAAAUGUGGCCUUGCCCAAGAACUUGUGAGGUAUGGAUUUGACAAAACUUAUGUCGGAAAUUUAAAAUAUUUCUGUUCGGUUCCACAGAGUGUAUAUGUUAUACUACAACAAUGUCUAUAUCUGUUUUCAGAUUUUCUUGAUGAAGACAUUGCUAACGACUCAGUUUGUGCCAAAAAAAUCCAGUCUGAAUUGGGUUUUCGAUAUUGGGAAGGAUGGACGAGAAGCUGCUACGGAAGAAGCUAUCCCUCAACCAUUGUUGCAUCUUGUUUCCCACCAUAAGGAUUGAAUAGGCAAUAUAAUACCUGUUAAUUAUUUUUUGUUGUCUCCGGAUUUGGUGAAAUAAAUUGUGAUGUUGCUUACGUA